GGGGGCCACUGGCGGGGAAGGGCAGGUUCAGGAGGGGCGGCGGGGGCAGCGCCCAGGAGGACCGGUGGGGUAUGCCGUGAGGGGGUGCGGGAAACGGCUGGGAUGGGAAAGGAGACGCAAAGGCGCCCAUGUCCGUGGCCACGUGGGGCCGCAGCACUGGAAACGCUGUGGACAGAAGGAAAGGGCGAUGGAGUCAGGGAGUGGCAGCCGGCUCCGAGGGCCCCUGGGCCCCUGGGUCCCCGGGGGCAGAGCAGGGACCCUCCCACGUGGGGACUCUAUAGGGAGGAUGUGCAGCCCCUUUCCCCUGCCGCCUGGGAGGGAAGACCACAGCUUUCCGGGCUCCGGCCUGCCCACGAGAGGCAGCCUCGGGGACCCUGACUCUGACCCCCGCAGCCCAGCAAGCUCCCCUUCCUCCACCUCACCCCACCCACAGCCCGGUCCAGCGUCACAGUUGGAUCCCAGGGAUUUGAGGCCCGCCCAGAUCUGCCCCAUCCACCCGCCUACAGCCUUACCUCCUCCUGUCGCCAUCCCCCCAGCAGGGCUGCUGCCGCAGGGCAGCUUCCACAGUCAGAGGAGUCCCGUGCAGGACCCACCCUGUGACCUGCUGCAGCAGACGCUCAGGAUGCAGGGGCUGGACCGUCUGAACCCAGUUUGGAACACAGACCCUGAUUACGAAGGCCACGGGGACCCGAGGGUGUCAAAUCAGCCUGUGUCAGCAGUGUAAAAUUUCAAGCCAGCAAUACCCAAUACCUUUGUUUGGUUCAAAGUCAAACUGUACAUCGUGGAAGGACUGUGACGCCUCUUCCUCCCGCCUCUUCCUCCUGGCAACGCAGCCCCUUUCUCCCAGGAAACCAGUGUCACCUGGUCCUUUAAAUCUUGAGAGACAUGUAGGAUGUGGCUAAAAGUAAAUGCAACUAUUUCUGCUUUUUUGACACCUGAAAGCAUAUUUCUCUCUGGUUAAACGUUGAUACAGGUUCCCAAAUAUGUUUCAUAUGCACAGUGAUUGUCUUUGUUCUGCCACUGCGGCUCUUGUCCGUAUUCCUGGAGGUUAGAUCGUAGGAGCAGCAGCGCUCCCAUCCUUUACAAUUCAGAGGACCCUGUAGAAUAGGGCGGCCAGAUUUAGCAAAUAAAAAUAAUGGACACUCAGUUGAAUUGGAAUUUUAGAUAAACAGGGCAUCAGCUAUUUCCACAACUGUGUCUCAUGCAGCAUUAUUGAUAUACUCUGAGUGCAAAUCUGUUCCUCCUCUAUCUAAUUUUGCGUUGA